GCCCUGGCUGAGCAGGCUCUCCAGCAAACCACUGCUCUUCCAGUUCCUGUCCAAUUCCCAAAGCCAUCUUUUCCCUGUAAGGCCAUCUUCCCAAGCUAUCCCAGUGGAUUUUAUAUCUGUUCCAAAACUUAAGUUAUGUCCAGGAAAAAUUAAUGGGAAAACCCAAGUUUUAGGUCAGCAUGCGCAAUAGCAAAGGGAGCUGCAGUGUCUGAGCUGACAGCUCCCUGUGCCCUCAGGAUAGCGAUGCAAUAGCCAGACUUCACUCUCUAAACAGACUGCAGCAAGCCAACCAGGACUCAGAGCAGCUGGAACCAACGAUGAGGAGCCUGGCAGGGUUCCUGCUGUGCUCGUUGCUGCUGCUGCUGGCCCCCCACUCCACAGGGGUGGCUGCCCAGGAGACCCCCCAGCCUGACCCCAAAAUGCCAUGUGCCAACUGGAUGGGAGGAGCACCCGGCUACCCUGGCCACAACGGUGCCCCCGGCCGGGAUGGGAAGGAUGGAAGAGAUGGACUCAAGGGAGAUAAAGGAGAUGAAGGUCCGGCAGGUCCCAAAGGUGAACCGGGCCCAGUAGGAAGCCGGGGCUUUCCCGGACCCCCUGGAUCUCCUGGAAUUCCUGGAACCCCAGGGCAGAAUGGCAAAGAUGCCUUUGUGCAGCGCUCUGCCUUCAGCGUGGGGCUGACGGAGCGCAGCCCGGCCCCCAAUGUCCCCAUCCGCUUCAGCAAGAUCUUCUACAACGAGCAGGGCCACUAUGACCCCAGCACGGGCAAGUUCCUCUGCAACGUGCCUGGCACCUACUUCUUCUCCUACCACCUCACUGUGUACCUGUCAGACGUCAAGGUCAGCCUCUACAGGAAGGACAAGGCCGUCAUCUUCACCUAUGACCAGUUCCAGAACAACAACGUGGACCAAGCCAGCGGCUCCGUCCUGCUGCACCUCAGCUCCGGGGAUGAGGUCUGGCUCCAGGUGUAUGGGAAUGGGGACAAGAAUGGGGUCUAUGCUGACAACCUCAAUGAUUCCACCUUCAUGGGCUUCCUCCUGUACCCUGACCCAGAUACCUACUGA